AAAGUCGGGCACACCGCCGGGGGCGCCGCCGCCAGCCGCGUACAGCUUUUGCAUGAUCGGGUUGGCCACGCCUUCGAGCUCCUUUUGCUUGGCUUCGUACUCCUCCUUUUCGGCCGAUUGGUUCGCGUCCAGCCAGUUGAUCGUCUCCGUCACCUUGUCGUCCACGACCUUCUUGUCCGCUUCGUCCAACUUGCCCUGGAGCUUCUCGUCGUUGAGCGUGUUGCGCAGGUUGUACGCGUAGUUUUCCAGCCCGUUCUUGGCUUCGAUGCGCAACUUGUUGGCUUCGUCCUCCGACUUGUACUUUUCCGCUUCUUGCACCAUGCGCUCAAUGUCGUCCUUGCUCAAGCGACCCUUGUCGUUCGUGAUCGUAAUCUUGUUCUCCUUGCCCGUCGACUUUUCGAUCGCAGACACGUUCAAGAUCCCGUUCGCGUCAAUGUCGAACGUCACGUCCACCUGCGGCACGCCGCGGGGCAUGGGCGGGAUCCCGUCCAACCAACGAAAACUUGCCCAACAAGUUGUUGUCGCGCGUCAUCGAGCGCUCGCCUUCAAACACUUGGAUCAGCACACCCGGCUGGUUGUCCGCGUACGUCGAAAACGUCUGCGACUUCUUCGUCGGCACCGUCGUGUUGCGCUGGAUCAGCGUCGUCAUCACACCGCCGGCCGUUUCCAACCCGAGCGACAACGGCGUCACGUCCAACAACAACAAGUCUUGCAACUUCUCCGAGCUGUCGUUGCCCGACAAGAUCGCGGCUUGCACGGUCGCGCCGAACGCCACGGCUUCGUCGGGGUUGAUCGACUUACACGGCUCCUUGCCGUUGAAGAAGUCAGACAACAACUGUUGCACCUUGGGGAUACGGGUCGACCCGCCCACAAGCACCACUUCGUGCACUUGGCUCUUGGACAACUUCGAGUCGCGCAACACCUUCUCCACAGGCUCCAUCGUCUUGCGGAAGUAGUCACCGCACAUGUCUUCGAAACGCGCGCGGGUGAUCGUGCUGUUGAAAUCAAUGCCGUCGAACAACGAGUCGAUUUCAAUGUACGCUUGUGCCGACGACGACAGCGUGCGCUUGGCGCGCUCGCAGGCCGUGCGCAGACGGCGGAGGGAACGUUGGUUCGCGGUCAUGUCCUUGCGGUGCUUACGCUUGAACUCAGCCGUGAAGUGGUCCACCAAACGGUUGUCGAAAUCUUCACCACCCAAGUGCGUGUCACCGGCAGUUGCCUUCACUUCAAAGAUGCCUUCUUCGAUCGUCAACAAAGACACAUCAAAGGUCCCGCCGCCCAAGUCGAAAAUCAACACGUUGCGUUCGCCACCCUUCUUGUCCAAACCGUACGCGAUGGCGGCGGCCGUGGGUUCGUUGAUGAUACGCAACACGUUCAGGCCAGCAAUGGCACCGGCGUCCUUGGUCGCUUGGCGUUGCGAGUCGUUAAAGUACGCAGGCACCGUGAUGACGGCGUUGUUCACCGUGGAACCGAUAAACGCUUCCGACACUUCCUUCAUCUUGAUCAACACCAUCGACGAGAUUUCUUCGGGCUGGAACGUCUUGGUUUCGCCCUUGAACUCGACCGUGAUUUGCGGCUUGUCGCCGGAACCUGGCGUCACCUUGAACGGCCAGUGCUUGAUGUCGGCUUGGAUCACAGGGUCGUUGAACUUGCGGCCGAUCAAACGCUUGGCGUCGAACACCGUGUUGGUCGGGUUCAUCGCCACUUGGUUCUUGGCGGCGUCACCGAUCAAGCGCUCGCUGUCCGUGAAUGCCACGUACGAAGGGGUCGUGCGGUUACCUUGGUCGUUGGCAAUGAUUUCCACGCGGUCAUUCUGCCAUACACCCACGCAGGAAUAGGUCGUGCCGAGAUCGAUACCGACACUUGCGCCUUGGACUGCAGCCAUGAUUGUUUGUUUACCCAGAUCAAAUGAAAUUGAAAAAUGAAAACAGA